AAUAAUAUAAUCAGGUCCUGCUCUCUUGAAAUCAUCGGUCUGAAGUGAAGCGGUUCAGUCGGUGUGAAUACACUCCUCCUAGCUCCUCCCUCACUCACAGAACGACAUUCAACAUCAUUUGUGUCCUGACAACAUCUGAAUCAGUUUACAUGGUUUUCUUUCUCAAAUCCAGAUUAUUUCAAUAGGUUGAAUGUAUUAUUACUCUUGAUACACAUUUAAACACUUAAAUAUUGAAACUUCAUGUUAUGUUCUUUCUCUUCACUCGUAAGACUUUAGUUUAGUUAGGGCCUAUGGCAUAUCUGUGACGCUCAGUUCAUGAAUAUUUAUGAACAGCUACUGGACUUAUUCGUAUUUGUAGGUUCAUAUAACAGAAAAUGUUCAAAUGACACCUUCAUAUAGGCUUCAUGUGUCCAGUUCGAGAAGGCACAUGCUGUGGAGUCUCUGAAGGGAGGAGUUUGUUCACACUUCACUUCAGAGACGUCUGCUCUGUUUCAAACAUGACAGGAUCUGAUCAUGCGAACAGCUCUGAGAUGAAGAUGCUCACUCUCAUCUGUUUGUGCUCGUGCAGUCUGGCCGGUGUGUUUGGUGUUGAUGAACUGAAGAUGGAAGUGUCAGUGACUGAAGGAGAAUCAGUCACUCUGAACCCUGAUCUUACUGAACUACAGAGAGAUAAUCCAAUGUGGAAAUUUGAAAACAUUCUCAUAGCUAAAAUCAACAGACAGAACAAUACAAUCAGGUUUUAUAAUGAUAAUGCUGAUGGGAGAUUCAGAGACAGACUGAAACUGGAUCAUCAGACUGGAUCUCUGACCAUCACCAACAGCAGAACCACAGACUCUGGACUUUAUACAGUCACCAGAACCAGCAAUGAGACGCCACUCAACACAUUCAAUCUCACUGUCUAUGCUCGUCUGCCUGUUCCUGUCAUCAGCAGAGACUCUUCACUAAACUCUUCAUCAUCAUCAUGUUCAUUGGUGUGUUCAGCUGUGGUGAAUGUGAGUCAUGUGACUCUCUCCUGGUUCAAAGGAAACAGUGUAUUGUCCAACAUCAGUGUUUCUAAUCUCAGCCGGUCUGAUCUUCUUCUCCAUCUGGAGUGUGUGGAUGAUUCCUACAGCUGUGUGCUGAACAAUCCCAUCAGAAACCAGACUCAACACCUCAACACUCGACUCUGUCACACAUGUGCUGCAGAUCUUCCGGUCUCGUGGACAGUGCUGAUCUCUGCUGCUGCUGCUGCUGCCGCCGGAUCUCUGUUGAUUGUUAUUGCUCUCGGGAUCUUCUGCAUCUGCAGGAAACACAGAAAAACUGAACCACAAGGCAAGAAUUACUUAAAACUUCUGUAUUUGUAA